ACCACGUCUCCUUCCUCUUUUUCUCUUCUCUCAACAAAAACCAGUCAAAAAUCCCUCGUCUCUCCCCAAACCCUAGAUCUCUCCUCUCCUAUAAGCCAUGGACGACAGCUGCGCGGUGUGUGCCGACUCCCUCGAAUGGGUUGCCUACGGCGCCUGCGGCCACAAGGACGUCUGCUCCACCUGCGUCGCCCGCCUCCGCUUCAUCUGCGACGAACGCCGCUGCUGCAUCUGCAAAACCCCCUCCGACGUCGUUUUCGUCACCAAGGCUUUAGGAGACUACACGAAGAUGGUUAAGGACUUCUCGCUCCUGCCAUCUCAAGCGAGGGAGGGUCGGUCGGGGCGGUACUGGUACCAUGAAGACACGCAAGCCUUUUUCGAUGAUGUUGACCACUACAAGAUGAUCAAGGCAAUGUGCAAACUUUCGUGCAGUGAGUGUGACAAGGUGGAGGAGCAACCAAAUGAUAUUGCAAGGCGCCGUCCGGCGAGGUUUAGGCACAUUGAACAGCUCAAGGGGCAUUUAUACCACCAGCAUAGGUUGUCUAUGUGUCCUCUGUGUUUGGAAGCUAGGAAGGUAUUCAUUUGUGAACAAAAGCUAUAUACUAAAGCACAAUUGAAGCAGCAUAUAAAUACGGGUGACUCUGAAGUCGAUGGAAGUGAGAGCGAAAGAGGCGGCUUUAUGGGGCAUCCUAUAUGUGAUUUCUGCAAAACCCCAUUCUAUGGCGAUAACGAACUCUACACCCACAUGAGUACCGAACACUAUAAAUGUCAUUUAUGCCACAGUCCUGGUGGACAUAUUGAUCAUUUUCAGAACUACGAUGAUCUCGAGAUGCAUUUCCGCCAUGUGCAUUUCCUAUGUGAAGAUGAGUCCUGUCUUGCCAAAAAGUUUAUUGUCUUCCAAUCUGAGGCUGAAUUGAAGAGGCACAAUACUAUUGAACAUGCUGGGCGUAUGUCUCGUUCCAAGCGUAAUGCUGCUCUCCAGAUACCUACUAGCUUCCGAUUUAGACGAAGUAGUGAACAAGAUAAUAGGCGUGGAAGAGGACGGUUAUUUCAUCGUGAAUCUCGUGAUUCUUCUGAUAGUCAACUUUCUAUGGCAAUUCAAGCAAGUUUGGAGACAUCUACUGCGGAUGAUAGCACAUUUCAUGGUCCUUCAUCUUCGACUGGGCAUGCUGCUUCAGAUCUUGGAGAUACCAAUGAUUUUGAUCCUAUCAUCAGUCCAUUUGAAUCCCUAAGUACGACAGAUGCUGAAGCAUCUUCAAGGUACCGUCAAGCGUUGGGGCAAAGUUCUGGGACAGCACCUUUGCAGGACUCUUCCUUUCCUCCACUUGCUCCUGGAAGCAAUCAAUCAACACCGAUUUCAGAUGGUUUGCCUAAUAACACCAUGGCAGCUCAUCUUCGCCGGAAAAGCAAUCGCAUGGUGGCUGUUAAGCCUGUAAUUAGUACUGGUCAGGCCUGGCCAGCCGCUGGCCGUGUGCCUGUAGUACCACCUACUAGCUCUUCUCAAGCGUGGCCUACAACACAGAUUUCACCUUUGGUAUCACGUGGUUCUACUCGGAACAAAAAGGCUGUUGGGAAUAAACCAGGACCUUCUAGUUAUGCAAGUUCUGCUCAGGCUCAAGGCGAAACUCGACAGACAACUGUUCCUGUAUUCUCUUCAUCUAGUUUUUCGCGGGAUUCAUUCAAUUUUAAUUCUGCUAGGAUUAGGGACUCUGCAUCCGCCCCUAAUCUGGUUGAGACUGGAUAUGCCCAACCUUUGAUCUCUGAUUUCCCUCCAGUUUCUGCAGCUCAAGUACGUAAGGUGCCUUCAAUGAGCCAGCCAACUAGUCAGCCUGUAUUGAAAGUGGAGGAUGUUCAAACUGCUAACAAGUCCUUAGUGGAAAAGAUUCGUGCUGCUGUUGAUUUUGAUGAAGACAAAUACACCCUUUUUAAGGACAUAUCGGGGCAGUAUCGUCAGGGCUUAGUUGACACAGAAGUUUAUCUAGAUUUUAUACGGCAGUAUGGCUUGUUGCAUCUUGUCCUUGACUUGGCCAGACUCUGCCCUGAUGCUCAGAAGCAGAGAGAGCUGAUUGAUGCCUACAACAAGAGUAUGCGAAGCAGUGGUGCACAAGAGAAUGGAUGGUCACAGGGCAGUGUCCGAUUGAAAGAGUCUAAAAAAGGUAAAGGGAAGAUUUUAGAAGCCGGAAACAGCAAGUCUAAAGGGAAGAGUCUUGAAUUGGAAAACAGUAACAGUAAGUCUACGGUCACUCUAGCAGAUAGCAUCAUUAAUUCUGUAAGGGAACUUCAAUCAAACAACAGGCCCUCCGAAGAAGCAGUUGAGGUGUUGUCAAAGGAUGGUUACCGUGCCGCCAAAGGUAAAUCAGCUUUGAUGGUCAAUGAAGGCCAGAAGGAAUUGGAUCCUCACAGUCAAGCCCCAAUAGAGCCGAGGAGCCAAAAGGAUUCGGUGCCAGAUCUUAGUGGAACUAGUGCACAUCUAGGGGAUGGGGGUGGAGGAAGCAAGCAGCGGAAGAAAACCUCAAAAUUCCAUAGAGUUCGCUUGGGUGAUGGCUCUUCUGCAGCUCUCUUGGAUCUUAGAAAUUCUGAUCCCCAGCCAGAUAUUGGGGGUGAGCGAAUAGAUGGGAGCAGUAACUCGACCGAAGGUUUGCCUGUCCAUGGUGUUUGGAGACACAAAGCCACCAAUAAACUUUUUAGUUCAUGAUCUAUGGAUAUGAGUAGCGAAGUGCAACAGUUGCAGGUUGAAUUGGUAAGUUAUGGAGAAGAGUUUCUUUUCACAACCAUUUUUGUGACCGAAUUCUCAACUCAGUGGAGUUUGAUCCCUAGUUAACUCGCUAGGUUGGGUGGCUUUGUGUUGCAUGAUGAUUUUGAUGCGAGUUUGAUAUAUUUGCUCACAUCUUCAUUUGUGUACAUCAUCAUGAACAAGUGUUCAUAUAUACUCUCUUUGUGAUGCGAAUAUACAAGUUUUUCAAACUUUCGUUUCUGAUUCUCAAUGUUUUUCCUGAACUAAAAUAAACUGAAUGGAGUCGAGAGCAUAAUCUGGACUGUUUAUUGUUUCUGUUUU